AUGUCAUUUUGCCUGUUUCAGGAUGCCUUGAGCGCCUGGAGAUGGCUGAAGAAGGAGGCGGAAGGUGGCCGCAUUGAUGGUGACCAGCUCUUCGUCUUUGGCCGAUCGCUGGGCGGCGCAGUGGCCAUUGCACUAGCUGCCGAACUGCAGCAGCUUGCGCAGGGGCCAUACCCGCGAGGUCUCAUUCUAGAAAACACGUUCACGUCGAUUAGCGAUGUCGUAAACGCACUGUUUCCGCUCCUAGCGUUUGAGAGUUUGAAGAAGCACUUCCUGCGCAUAAAAUGGGAAAGCAUUCAAAGGGUUCCAGACCUGGAGGUGCCAAUGCUGUUCCUCACAGGUGAAAAGGACGAGAUGAUCCCCCCGGCACACUCUCGGAUGCUUCAUGCUCGAGCAGAGAAGUCGAGGUUGCGACGAAACGUUGUCUUUCCAGACGGCCAACACAAUGAUACCUGGGAGAAGGGUGGUGACGAGUAUUGGAAAGUGCAGGCCACCUUUUUGCAGGCGAGUGGGCACUUUUUCUCCGUUUGCUGGGUUCAAAGGCACGGGGAGAUGGAUCAUGAAGGAUUUCUGGGAGAGGUGGCCCCGUUCAUAUCAACCGGGGCUUCUACCCAGUGCUUGGAUGCUCCCAUGCCAGGAGUGUUUGGCGCAAGACGGCGCCAAGGCAGGAUUGGCUCAUCUGAAGCUAGGAGCCUUUUGCAACUCUGGAGUUGA